AUUAAUGAAUUAGGAGCGAAAUUGGAACGAAGUGAGCGUCAAGCUCACGACGAAGGAAAAGUUGGGGAAAAGCAACGUGGAAAUGAGGAGCAGCUCGUGCUCCACCUCCCCGAACAGCAACAGUGUGAAGAGCAGGAGAUAAUAGAGCCAGUACCGGCACUGGUUCACGAUGAAGCAGAGGGGGUGGAGGAAGACGAAGCAACAGAGUUGCGGCAGGUACCACACGAGCUGUUGCUCAAUGAAGGAGUUGUCGAUGCGGUACCAAGAGCCGCGGUUGUCGAUGCGGUACCGAGAGCCGCGUUAGUGGUCCGGAGACGCAGAGAAGUGAUAGGAGCUCGUGAAAUUGUAUUGUAG